CACCAGACCAGAGAUCAGGCUCUCUCAUAUCAUAUCGCAUCUUCCGCUCCAAUUGUCAUUCAAAUUUUCUUCAAACCACAAGUUGUUUCCUUUGGCCAUUCCAUUUGCAGGGUUGGCUUUCCUUUCCUUGAUUCUUUGUUGUUUGCUCUGUUCCACCUCUGCAAAAACAAAAACAAAGAAAAAGAAAACGACAUAUCAUAUGGCUGGGAGCUUGGUUGGAGGAGCAUUUCUGUCUGCAGCCCUUCAAGUGUUGUUUGAUCGGUUGGCAUCUCCUGACAUUCUCAACAUCUUUCGCCAAACGACUCACGGCGGCGGCGAUAAACUCCUGAGAAAGUUGAAGCUAACAUUGCUGGGAAUCAAUGCAGUCCUUGAUGAUGCUGAGAAAAAGCAGAUCACUUCCCAGCCUGUCAGAGAUUGGGUUGACGAGCUCAAAGAUGUUGUCUUCCACGCAGAUGACCUACUCGAUGAGAUUUCUACUCUUUCUUUGCGAAAUCAGGUACAGUUACAAUCCCCCACCUCAACUACUUCCACUAAUUUAUUGUUAUUCAGUGCUGGGAAUGGGAUUCAGUUGAGAAUUGAAGAGAUAAUUGAUCAACUUGAAUAUUUUGCUAAAGAAAAAGACAUUCUUGGUUUGAGAGAAUGUGUUGGGCUCAAUUGGGUUCACAGAUUGCCAUCAAGUUCUUUAGUUGAUGAAUCUUGUGUGUAUGGAAGGGAUAAUGAUAAGGAGGAUAUUAUGAAUUUUUUGCUUUCUGAUGAGUUAACUGGUGGUUAUGAUCAUGAGAUUGUAGAUGUGAUUGCAAUUGUUGGGAUGGGUGGGGUAGGCAAGACCACCCUUGCUCAACUUUUAUACAAUGAUUGCAGAGUGGAUGAGCACUUUGAUUUCAAAGCAUGGGUUUGUGUUUCUGAUGAUUUUGAUGUUUUUAGGGUUACGAAAACAAUUCUUGAGGCAAUUACUUCAAGUACUUGCGACACUGAGGAUCUAAACCUGCUUCAAGUCAAGCUGAAGGAGAGCUUGAUGGGGAAGAAGUUUCUAAUCGUCUUGGACGAUGUUUGGAAUGAGAACCCUAGUCAUUGGGAUGUCUUGAGGACUCCUUUCACGGCUGGUGCAUACGGAAGUAAGAUUAUUGCAACAACACGAAAUGCUAGUGUUGCAUCUAUCAUGCAAACUGUUCCUAUUCAUCAUUUACGGCAAUUAUCUGACGAAGAUUGUUGGUUGCUGUUUGCUAAAAAUGCAUUCCAUAAGGGAGAUUACAAGGCCCGUCCAAACCUUGAAAAGAUAGGUAAGGAGAUAGUGAAAAGGUGCAAAGGUUUGCCUUUAGCUGCCAAAACACUCGCAGGUCUAUUACGCUUCAAAGAUGAUGUAGAGGAAUGGGAUGAAAUAUUGAAGAGUGACAUAUGGGAUUUGCCGGAGGAUAAAAACAAUAUUCUUCCGGCCCUAAGAUUGAGCUAUUAUUAUCUCCCUUCACAUCUAAAGCAGUGCUUUGCUUAUUGUUCAAUAUUUCCUAAAGAUUAUGAAUUUGAAAAAGAGAAUCUAAUCUCACUCUGGAUAGCUCAAAAUUUUGUGCAGCAGCCCAAAAGUAAUAAAACCCUGGAAAAGGUAGGUGCUGAGUACUUCCAUGAAUUGUUAUCCAGGUCAUUUUUUCAACAAUCAAGUGCUAAUAAAUUCUAUUUUGUAAUGCAUGAUUUUGUCCAUGACUUGGCUCAAGUCAUCUCUGGACAAUUUUCUUUCAUGUUAGAUGACAAGAAGCAACAAAUGAUUUCUGCAAAAGUACGUCAUUUUUCAUAUGUUAGAAGCAAAUAUGAUGUCUUCGAAAAAUUCAAGGAAAUUAAUGAGGUUAAGUGUUUAAGGACUUUUUUACCAUUAAAGUCGUCUAACCGUUACCUGGCCAAGAAAGUACUGGAUGAUAUGUUACCAACACUAGGAAGCUUACGGGUGCUAUCAUUGUCGCAUUAUGACAUAAUGGAAUUGCCAGGUUCAGUUGGCAAUUUGGUACAUCUUCGCUAUUUGGACCUCUCUCAAACGGAAAUCAAAAAGUUGCCUGAGAUAGGUGUGUACCCUGUAUAAUUUACAAACUUUACUGCUAUCAAAUUGUUGGUUU